GGAACCCGCGGGAGCGGCGCAUCAAAGUCCAGGCAUGGCGUCCCGGUCUCUUCAGCCUGCCGGCAGCCACGACCUGGCCAGGGCGCAGAGAGGCUCCGGAGUCAGGCCGGCGGGGCUGCGAACGCCGGGCUCGGAGGCGGUAGCCGAACCCGGAGAGGAGGGAGGCCCUGGGCGGAGCCGCCGGCCGCGCAGGCACAGUGGGGACACGUGGCACUUCCGGUUCCGGCUGGAGGCUGCGGCCGUGCUCUCUGUCCCGGGGGAGCUGCCCCGAGGCCCGCUGACAGUCAGUCCCGUGUCCAGGCCCGGAGGACCGUGCACGGACUCGCCUGCCACGUCACUGGCCCCCGCCGCCCGCCGGAAGUAGCCUGUGUCACCACUACGAAAAUCCCCGGCGUGGAGAACGUCACCUUCCUGACAGACCGGGGAUCUGAGGGUGGUGCGGACUUUUAGAAUCGAUUGGGUGGGACGGGAGAGACCCGGCUCCUCUUCCGGGAUUCUUAGAGGAUGACCUGAGGACGACCGAUGUCACCGUGUACCGCUGGUGGCUCGGCCGAUGCCAUCCAUGCCAGGCGUAGAGUGCCAGAGAAUUUUAAAAAAGAGAUGUUAAAAUACGUGUGGAUGUCGAAGUGUCAUGGGCGGGACGUGGUAGCCAUCAGGAGGUCGAGGCAGAAGUGUUGAUCUAAGUUCGAAAGCGGCCCAGUCAGGGCAGCCAGGACUGGAGUAAAGAUUAAAGGGCUGGGUCAAGGCUAAAAUGAUGACGUUAAGGAGGAAGCCUUUUCUUUUCAGCUUGUAGGAUUAAGAUUAAUUUUGACGUUAGCUUGUUCGUAGCAGAGUCACCCCGAAGUUCAUUCACCACACAUGGAUUGGCAUUCCUCCCUCUCCUAUCCCUGUGUUGACAGUGUCCUAGGGAAGCCCUCA